AAUAAACAGCUGGCAGCUUAGCUAAUAGUUCGACAUGUGAUGAUCAAAGUGUCUAAUUCUUAAAUCAUGAGCCUAGUUUUAGUUAUUUCACAAGCUUUUGACAUUGCCAUGCUGCUUUUUGUAUGUUCUGUGGUUAUUCAGAUGUUGAGCGCAACUUUCCUUCAAAUGGCUGUCAAAGUCUCAACAGGAAUGAGAGAAGGAACCUGUAAGUAGCAUAGAAUGUCACCGUAUCAUCUGAAUAGCAGAUGGUAGAAUGGAAAACUUCAUCGGAAGGAAUCCCAGGUACUCCCCAUCAGUUUACUCUAAGCAUCUGCUUUGGUUUUGUUCAUGAUCUUAAGCCCAUUAAUUAUUUGAGUUUGACUCAUCAUUCAGUGGAUUUGGACACAAAGAGAUUAACCUAAAGCAAGCUAUACAAAAAUAGAAGCUAGGAACAUGUACGCAUAUAAAAUAUGUGGCCUAACCUUCUUGAAACUACAUUUGCCACUGAUAAAUGUGUUCCGUUGUAAAGCUUAUGUAGCUUCAAAAUGAAGUCAUACCAUUUGAAGUCCUAGAGGAUAACAACCUACAGAAGGGGACAAAUACCAAAAGGGAAAUGGUACUCAUUGCAUAAACAUUUACACCGAGCAGAGACUAAAGUCUCCAUGUUCCUUUCUUCCUUUCUGAAUAGGAGUAGCCUACUCCUACAUUUGAGUUUGUAAGACAAACAAGUUCCUAGAAGACCGUAUCAAACCUCAAACUCUCCAUUUGAAGGAUCGGUGUUUGGAGUUAUUUUCAGGCCACCUUCGAAGUACUUUGCAUUUCCGACACUUGCGGGCAUGUGUCCCACUCCCCUCCAUUGACCUAUACGUAAACUCUUAAGGGAUUACGCUGUUGAAUAGCUUCUCGAGUUGAAUGUUAAUGUAGUCAUUAAACCAACCCAUAGAACUAAAGAUCCACAGAACAUAUAGCUUUAGCUAAUUCACCUUGAUUCUGAGGUCCUGGUUAUUGUGACUCAUGAAGGCCUGCACAACACAAAUAACAUAGCACAUAACACGGAUUUUCAAAUCUCUGGUUCAGAUAUUCCUACAGCUUCAACAACGAAGUAUGCGUCCUCUACUGAAGUUAUCUCUUCAGAUCCGAUACCAAUGGAAGGAAAUGAGUUGUUUCCAUCUUCUAUGAACCCAUUGAGCGGGGAUGGGAAAAGAGAACUGAAAAGGGACCCCAUCCGUAAUUCAUGCGAGAAUAAAAAAAAGUGGAAAUAGGUUUAACAAUGUCAAACAGCCUAACGCUGGAAAUAAGGAACAAAACAGUCUUCGUUCAAAAAAUAAAUGGCACAAAACAGUCCACAAAUGUUUGAAAUUAUUUACCGUUUUCAUAUCAGCACAAUUGGAACUGCUCCCGUUGACGCAAUCUGACCAAAAAAACAUAUUGGGAUUACAAGCAUAGGACUCAAAGAGAAUCGUGGAAAGAAGCCGUCCAAAGCUGUACGAAGGGCUUGAAACCUGCUUGUAUAAUUUUGGUCAAAAAGAAGUUCAAAAGAAAAGCUAACAGCUGACUGUCAAACACAAAUGUAGAUAGUGUUACGUUAGAUUUAUGAGCAAAAAUCUCCAGCUGAUCUGUGUCUAUGAUUUGCAGGAAAGUCAUAAGUUAAGGUCUAACACAUGGCAGGAGAGGAAAAUCAUGCUACUGCCAGGCAGGAUAGCCACUGUGAAGACAUGGAUGAUUUUACUGUCAAGAGAGAAGAAUAUGAUGAUCAGGAUGAUACCGAUAUUCCCAUCGAAGAAGUCAAUGUGAAUGGUGAUGAUGAUGAUGCUGACCACAAUGUUUCCAACGAAGAGAACCCUCUGACUGGAGAUGACGAGGAGAAUGAAAAUCUGGCAAGCCUUACCGACGAUCAAGUCAUUGGUAGGAAGUUCAACAACAUUGAGGAAGCUUAUGCUUUCUACAACAAGUAUGCCAGAGCUUGGGGGUUUUUGGUGGGACGAGAAAAGAAAUAUAAAACCAAAGAAGGGCAAAUCACUUAAAAAAUUUGGCUGCUCUAGUGCAGGAACAAAACGUAAAAGAGGAAAGGAAUUACAGAGAUCUGCGAGAUGCAUUACAAGGUUUGAAUGUACAGCUAUGAUGCAUGUUCAUCUGGACAUGUCAGAUUCUAAGUUUGUUGUCGAUGCUUUCAAUGUCUAUCAUACCCAUGAUCCGGUUGGACAAAAAUUGGUGCAUCAUAUGAGAUCCUAUCGACGCUUAGAUGAAGCAACAAAGUCUGAAGUACGUU